CAUAUAUAGAACCCUCACAAGUUCUUAUCCUCUAACUAUCUCUUUCACAAAUUGACACAAUAUCCACAAGUGUAGCAAACUCUCCCUACAACAUCUUCUUCUCAUUUUUCACUUUUGUUUCUUCAAGACAAACCAAGAAAGUUUUCAAACCUUUUCAACAGGACAAUACCCUAAAAAAAAUUAUAUUUUUAUUUUGUAGGUGGUCCAUAGUCUUGAGUACUAUAGUCCAGUACUAGAAAAGAUUUAUCAAUAUAUAUAUUGAGGGGCUAGAAUUUUGAUCUUUGCCUUGUUUAGAAGGAAGAAAAAAGAGAGGGUCCAAGAAAAUGGACUGGAAUAAUGGGAAUAUUAGACCUUUUGUUUCAAGACCAGUUCAUGAUAAUUCUUUCAAUUUUCUCUACAGCUACAAUUAUGACCAAUAUCCAGGUAUGGAAAUGAAGCAUGCAAUGCAAACACAACAUGGUGGAGUGCUCCCAACAAUGGACAAUAACAAGAACAACAACUUUGUACUUAAUCAACAUCAUCUGGACAAAAAGAAAAGAUUGACAAAUGAUCAGUUAGAGUCACUAGAAAACAGUUUUCAAGAAGAGAUAAAACUUGACCCUGACAGGAAAAUGAAGUUGGCCAAAGAACUUGGGUUGCAGCCAAGACAGAUUGCUGUUUGGUUUCAAAACAGAAGGGCUAGAUGGAAGGCUAAGCAACUUGAAAGACUCUAUGAUUCUCUUAAACAAGAUUACGAUGUUGUUUCAAGGGAAAAGCAGAAGCUACAAGAUGAGGUAUAUGCAUUGAAAGCAAUUUUGAAGGAACAAGCCACAAAGAAACAAGUAAAUUCCACAGUUUACACUGAUAUAUCAGGUGAAGAGACAGUGGAAAGCACAUCAAUGCCAAGUUCCAACAAGACAAUUACAAGAGGAAUUACUACAAGUAACCAUCAGAAUAACAAUAACAAUAAUAAUAUGGCUGAAUGUAGCUAUGUUUUCAAUGUUGUAGAUGGGCUUAAUCCAGUGGUGCCACCAUAUUGGGCUUCUUUGCCUUCAUAUCCAUGAAGAGGGAUUAAUUAAGGGAUAACUCGAUUGCUACUUCUAUUAAUUUGUUAGGUUUAAUUUUCUCAUUAACUAGCACUAAGAUAGAGUACUAGAAGAAUAGGGUAAUUAGCAGAGUUUGUUUGAUAACUUUAUGUUAUAUUUCGGAUUAGGAGUAAGUGUUUUUCAUUAGUGUAAUUCUAAGGUAGUACUGUUAUUGUUGUAUUGACAUUAAUGUCAUUAGUCUUAUAAGAUGGUUGAUGUUAAUUAACGCCAUUAGUUAUAAUACCUUACAAAUUUUGAA